GUAUUUCGGAUUUGGGAAUUUGGGAUAUGCUCCGGAAGUAACCAAUCAGCGCUCGCGCACCUGCAAGCAGUCAGGAAACAUAAAGCUGUCGCUCGGCUACCUCUUUCCAUUUACCGUGGAAAGCAUUUCUCCCCUAACUCGUCUGAAUCUGUUGAAGCUUCAGAUCAUAGUGGCCUUAAGUGUUGAACCUUUCUUCUCUUUGGAAGUGUAGUCCUCGUCAUCGCGCAAUCAUGACGGGACCCUACAACACCGAAGCCCUCCGCUGGCGCGCCCUCACCAUCCGCGACCCCAACGCAAAUGGCCACUUCGUCUACGCAGUAAAAACCACAUUGUGCUACUGUCGGCCCACGUGUCCUGCGCGCCUCGCCCGCCGCGCAAACGUCGCCUUCUACAACACCUGGGCGCAGGCCGAGGCAGCCGGAUUCCACGCAUGCAAGAGAUGCAAACCGAGCGAACCUAUUCAGGAACAGCCUGCUGAGCGCGCCGUCGCCAAGGUGUGUGCACUGAUUGAGGAGGCUUUGAAGGGUGAGGGGAGGAAGAGCGUGAAGCUGCAGGAUCUCGCGAAGACGGUGGGGUUGACGCCACGGUAUUUUCACAAGGUGUUUAAGGAUAAGAUGGGAAUGACGCCGAAGGAGUGGUCGAAGAUGAGGGGCGCGAACGGUGCGAGUUUGGGGAAUGCAAUGGUGGUGGGCGAGGGAUGCGCGCCGAAGGGUGCGAACGGUGAAUUGGAAGGGCAGGACGGCGGAGGAGACCUCGAUUUCGAUGACCUUGUGGAUUUGGACGGGGCCUUUUUACUCACGCCAGAGAACUCACUUUCGGAGACUACGUUUACGCCUCUCACCGAGGAUUUGCCAACGCCCAACUUUGCCUCAGUACUACAGGGAAACGAAACUGUAGCCAUCGCGGAUACAGAACCCAAAACGGCCUUCGACCUUCCACGACAAAACUUCCCUAUCACGACCAACAAAAUCACCCUGGGCGCUUCGAUGCCUCAAGCAGUGACAGAUUUUGAUUUUGAACUUGACUUGACGCAGAUCCUCGAUGCCACGGUACCGACUCCUGCAAUCCCAAAUGCAAUGGGUCAUGCCUUUGAUAUGGAUUCCUGGAAUGUAGCAUAUCAGGACUUUGUCUGGGGAAAUGAAUGAUACGUAAUUAAUGAAUGAUAUCCGUCAAGCCUUGAGCACAGAGCCGCAUCCCUCGAAGAGCAUUCCUCGGGGUACUGAACUGCCCCGUAUCCGGUGAAUUGUGACAUGGCCGCUCAAUGUGACGUUCAAGAUGACAACCGAGGCACUCUUGAGAGGUAUUAGGCCCAGCGAGCCAGGGUGAGCGUGCUGGACCGGUUCUCAUGCCAUGCUCAGCGUCCCAUAUGAAAUAUCCAACAUUUCCAUCCUGCACGUAUAUCGCGUAUCGGGCCAUACGAGCGGGCACACGGGAG